AUGGGCACCAACCUCUUCGGUGAUCUGAACGCGCAAGAAAUAAUGACCCAGCGCCCGUUGCUCCACGGCCAGCAGGAGCAAGAAAUGACGCGAUCGUCGUCGUCGUUGACCAUGCCCCACUCCCAUCAUCGUACGCCCAUUCCCAUCGGGGACUUCUCCGACUUCCCGUCCGCGUCGCAACAGCAGCAGGCUCUCACCAUGCGAGGCCUCCUGGGGUUCGCGCCGCCGCCAUUGCAGCAACAGCAGCCGCAGCCGUUGUUUUCUAGUCUGCAGCCUCUGCCCGUCGGCAACUUCCUACAGUCGGGCGGUAGCAGCAGUGAGCAGAGCAUGACGGGCGCCGCCGAGGGAGUUGGUGUUGGGCAAACCUGGGAGGCCAUGCCGACGCCGGCAAGCGUUCAUGACAAGGUGAACAACGGUGGCAGUAGCAGUAGCCGCAUUCCCUGGAAGUGUCACGGUUCCAUGCCCGUGUAUUCCCGGUCGGAGGAGCAAGCACUACAACAGCUGAGCGACCUGGUAUCUCUGUGGUCAUCUACUGCAAGCAGCAGCUGCGACCAGAGCAUGGGGAGCAGCGUCGCAGGCAGUUGCCAAGGCUCGGCAGCCAUGCCGGCGUUGGCCAACAAGUUCCAACUGAUGAGCAUUGACAGCAGCAGCUGUAGUGCCAGGCCACAAAUGCCAUUGAACUACAGCUCCUUGUCUGUGGAAAACUCCACCCCUGUCGUCCCCGCCGUGCCAAAGCUGAUAGUUGGAGGCAUGGACAGACCUGGGUUGCUACUACGGCCGCCAGCUCUUGGAGCUGGCGCUAGCAGCAGCAUGUCGCGAAGGGGCGGCACCAAGGAGCACUUCUUCUCUGAGGCCGACAUAGAGAAGAUCAAUAAAAACAACCGACUCAAGGAGCUCGUGAAAACAGAACCUAAGAGGGUCAGGAGGAUUCUCCGUAACCGGGAAUACGUGGCACGGCUGAAGGUGCAAAAGGCAAACCACAUGCAAGAUCUUCAGCACCGGGCUGAUGCACUAAAGAUGGAGUGCACGUCAUUAUCUGCACAAGUGCAGUCGCACCAGGAGAUGGUUGAUAGCCUCAAGACUGGGAACCGCGAGUUGCAAAUAAAGUUAAAGGGGCUGAAUGAGCAAGCCAAUUUGAGCCAAGCUCUAAAUGAUCAGCUACAAUCUGAGAUCGAGAGGUUAAAACUUCUUUAG